AUGGCUUCCACAAAACCAAAGCACAAAUACGAAAAGAUGAACCCUGAGCAAUCAAUCAAAUUGAUUGAGGCUGUACAAAAGUUCCCAUGGCUAUGGAAGAAAGGAAACAAAGAUUAUAAGAACAUCAAUAGACAAGAACAAGCAUGGACUAUAAUAGCAGAUGAGUUAUUGAUCAGCGUGGACGAUGCUAAACGCCAGUGGAAGGCCCUGCUGGCUAACUUUCGUGUAUAUAAGGCGAAAGUGAAGAAAAGCCAGGUGACUGGGUCAGGACGCGACGAAAUUUAUACACCACGUUGGUUCGCCUACGAGUCAAUGCUGUUCGUAAGCGAGUCUUCGGAUGUGGUGAAAACAACGGACACAAUUGGACAAGCGCAUCACAUUCCAUCAACAUCACAUUCCAUCAACGCAAGAGCGAUGCAAUCGACGGUCACAUCACAAGUUCCCUGCUCAUCACAGAACAUUCCUCAGCGAUCGGCUUCUCCAUGUCAUGAUUUAGAAAUCAUUCCCGAUGUGUGGGGAAUUGCAGAUAGCCCAUCGACAGAUAUAUUUUCUUCCUUCAAUGACGAGCUAUCCAAUGCCGAUUCAAAUCAGCAACCCUCUACAUCGACACAGCGUGCACCCACUCCCCCCGUUGCAUCAACAUCCAAAAAGAGGCAGCGUAGACAACGUGCAAACGAUAAUAACGACAACGAACUCACAACAUCACUGCAGGCACUAGUCGAUAUUACUAAUCGACACAUGCAGCAAACAUCCUCAAGAAUUGCUAGCGAUGUUGCAAGUUGGAUUGAUGGCUUUGACAGUCGAGUUCAAACCUUGGUAAUAGGAAAGCUUUACCAAGCUAUGCACAGAAUCGAAACUGAUAUUAAUGAACGCAACGAAUCAACUGAUUAG